GUGGUGUUCCCUGGGAAUAUUUCCCCGGACAGUGGAGAGCCACACGGCUGUUCGUUACCACCAACACGAAUAGGUUCGUAUACCAUGCUCAUUUCUCCUGCUGGCGUGAAUGAAAGAGCAGUUCGAAAUCCUGGGCAGGUUACACUGGGCGAGCCAAUUUGUGAUCCGACGAAGCUCCACAACAUGUAAGGCUGCUUUUUCUUGGAACCGAUGCUCAUGUAUCCGACUGAUCCACUGGCCUGUAUCUCUGCGAUAUACGAGCCUUCGCUGGGGUCUGAGGCGUUUUUGUUACUCACAACUGACUGUCCAGUUACUAGCUUCUGGUUUGGCAUCAGUGCGCUCCAUGGGCGAUCAAAGGAACUCCAUACCGGGGUCUCAGAUUCAUCGAAGAGCUGCAAGUUCCCGGAAUUCUGAAUGCCGAUAUAGGCAACGCUUUCGUUUGGAGACCAUGCCACGGAACCAUUUGCAUCCAGGAGCUCCAGACGGGAGCUGCUGUGGAAGAGUUGCGAGUGCCAAACAUCAGUGCCAGAGAUUCUGGCCGGCUAGAAGGGUUAUCCUUUGGAAGAGCACUCACCAGGCGAUAACUCCCGGAUCUGCCAUCGCCUUGGAAUUCUGGGAGACUGUUGUUCAUGAAAAUGCGCCAUUUAUCAGGAACUACAGUCUAUCACACGGCUGGGAAGUAACGAACAACAAUCAGCUUCUGGAACUGCAAGGAUCACAGUCCAAUGCCAGUUAUCGGCUGCUCCAAGCAGGUGACAGUCCCCUCCUGAGCCAGAGCGGAAGAUUUGGCUUGGCUUUCUUUCGAUUCCACAACUCGGCCGAGUUCUACUUUGCUUUGGUUCUUGGCUCCAGCAACAACACGAACUCUGGCGUCUGCGUCUGGGCUGCAAACCGGGACAAUCCUGUGACAGAAAAUGCUACCGUUCGUGUGACCGAUCAGGGAGCUCUGGAAGUUGCCGAUUGGGAUGGGAAGGUUGUAUGGAGUUCUCCUGGUGGAGUUUCUGAGAUGGAGCUUCGAGACACUGGGAACUUUGUCCUCUACAACUCCACGGGUGGGAUCUCCUGGCAGAGCUUCGACAAUCCUACAGAUAUCCUUUUAGAAGGACAAGUCAUGGUCACUAAGCAGAGACUUAUCAGCAGCGCCAAUUCAUCAAGUCUUGCUAGCGGGAACAUCAAGAUGGAAGUUGAGCCGAGCGGCCUCAUCUUUUUUCUCAGCCGGGACACAAGACAGCCUUACUUGGUUUGGAACUUAUACAAUGGAAACUUGCCAGCGGACGAGACUUCCAUCAACGCACCAUGCCCGACUUAUCACACAGAGCUCGAGUAUUCCGCUGGCCAGCUGAGACUAUCGUACCAGCCAUCGACGAGCAACCCUUCCCAGCUCUGCAGCGCUCCUCUCACAGCAGUACUCGGGAACAGCAGCGAUGACUGGCAGUAUCUCAAACUCGAAAACGAUGGGAAGCUGGUUCCUUACACCUACAACUCCGGACGAGCUUCGUGGGAACAGGGUCCGCCGUUCAUGAGGAACAGACUUGGAGGUUGCCUCCCGAUGGCAUGCGAAUCGAACAGCGUUUGCUCUGGGAACGCUCAGUGCAGCUGUAUAGUCCAAGACCAGAGUGGCCAUCAGGAGCAAACUUGCCCAAGUCCGAGCAGCAUACCUCUCGUUUGCAACCACGAAGUCGAGGCCGAGAACCACCACUUUCUCAACGUGAGUGGAGCAGGCUACUUCUCCAACAAUUACACCAAGGCCGACAGAGUUUCCACUUUGAGCGAGUGCUGGAGCUUGUGCCUAGCGAAUUGCUCCUGCAGCGCACUCUUCUUCAACAAGCGGUCGAGCACCUGUUUCUUCGUCGACCGGAUGUAUGGAGGCCUCACCAGGGAUCCCAACUUCGAUGGCUUCCUCAAGCUGCAAAACGCAGAGCUUUUCGUGCGGAAGAAGCCCAAGGAUCGCACCGUUUUGCUUGGAGUCAGCAUUGCUGCGAGCGUGGUCCUGCUAUCAGCUCUCGGCUUGGUCGUGCUGAUGAUCUGGAAGCACAGGCUUGACAAAGUUGAGCGUGCUUUGGCUCUGGCACUGCAAGGCUCGGCUCAGAAGUAUACAUACAAGGAGCUGGAGGUGGCGACUGGGAACUUCGCUUCGAGCCUUGGUAAAGGCGGCUUUGGAACCGUCUAUGAAGGGACUCUGGCGGACGGGAGAAAGGUGGCGGUCAAGCGCCUGGAGAACCGGAACCAGAGUGACAGGGGAUUUCUGGCGGAGAUGGCCUCGCUGGGACGGAUAAGCCACCACAACGUUGUCCAGCUCUAUGGCUUUUGCUCCGAGAAGAACCAGCUCAUGCUCGUCUACGAGUACGUGGUGAAUGGAUCCUUGGAUAAGUGGCUGUUCGAAGAUCGAUGCUUGGACUGGCAGAGCCGCCGCGAUAUUGCCUUGGGAGUAGCUCAAGGCCUGGCUUACUUGCACGAGGAAUCGCGGCAGCUGAUUAUCCAUCUCGACAUCAAGCCCGAGAACGUCCUUCUAGACGAUAAGUUUCGUCCCAAGCUCUCCGAUUUCGGCAUGGCGAAGCUGCUCAAGACUCGGGAUGUAAGCCAGACCGUGACUGAUGUUCGAGGUACUCCAGGAUAUCUCGCCCCGGAGUGGCUCUUACAUUCGGUAGCCACGAAGAAAUGCGACGUCUACAGCUAUGGUAUGGUGCUGCUGGAGCUCAUAGGUGGACGAAGGAACUUGUCCAAGCUUGGCGGCCAUGGUGGAGAAGACUGUCGUGAAGCUCCAAUGGACGAGGAGGAACAAGCUUUGUGGUGGUACUUCCCGGCCUGGGUCGUAGCUCGAGUCUCCAAGAGAGAGUUUCUCAAAGUCGUGGAUACAAGGAUCCGAGAUAGUGUGGACGAGGACGAGGUGAAAAGUAUGCUCCAGGUAGCUCUGUGGUGCAUCCAGGAUAAUCCCAGCCAAAGACCCCCGAUGGAUACAGUCGUCCAGAUGCUCGAAGGUCGAAAGGAGAUUUUGGAGCCGCCUCUCUUCUUCCGGUUUGCGUUGAGUUCUGCGGGAGUUCUUCGGUUCUCUUCGACUAACCAUCUUGGCGGUAGCGUCAGUGUGGCCAUGGUAGCACACCAGCCGUCUGGUCCCAGAUAAACCAAUCUAUAGUUGAAGAGUUUGAUCCAUUAUAAAGUAUAUAGAAUAUUUUUUCCUCACGAAA